AUGUUUAGCGGAUUAGCCCUAGUGGCGGUGAUAGCUGCGAUUGUCGUCGGUGGACUACUCAUUGGUUUUUUGUCCUGGCUCCUAUACCUCUGGCUUACAAGAGGAUCGAGGGAGCGACUUAGGCAGGAAAGAGACCGUUUUCGGCAAGAUCGCCUCAAUUACCUCAACGGUGUUCCAUCGCACAUGGGUCUACCCUCCAACACCGGCUAUGCGCCGCCAGUGAACCAGCUUCUAGAGUUGAAUCUGAGCGACUCCGAUGUUGGUAGCGUAUGGGUCUCGACAGCUCCAGCCCCAGAAGCUGCAUCUCAAGUAGACUCAAGACCACCAUGGUCGGUGAACAGUGGUGGAUUCAAUCAAACGACAAGUGCGCCUUGUGGUCACCCUUCCAAUGUGUCGCCACAGAGUUUAUCGAAUCAGUUUGCGUCCAUGCCGCCGUCGUUCCCACCACGAACGUCUGACAGAUCAAACGCAAUGGCGGCUUCAGGUUUGAGCCCAAGGCAAGAGCAAAUUUGGACAUGA